GGGGGGCGGAGGGCUCGGUGUGGCGCUAAAGGCGCGCGGCGGGCGGGGGGCGGAGCGGCGCGGUGCUGAGGAGCUCCGGGCACGGCGGUGGCCGGGCGCUAACACAGGGUAACUGAUAGUGGACACCUUCACUUCUGCAAUGGCACAGAGGUCUGGCCAGGAGGAUCCAGAGAGGUACCUGUUUGUGGACAGGGCUGUCAUCUACAACCCUGCCACCCAGGCUGACUGGACUGCCAAGAAGCUGGUGUGGAUUCCUUCCGAGCGCCAUGGGUUUGAGGCGGCCAGCAUCAAGGAGGAAAAGGGGGAUGAGGUGUUGGUGGAACUGGCAGAGAAUGGGAAGAAAGCACUAGUCAAUAAAGAUGACAUUCAGAAGAUGAAUCCUCCCAAGUUCUCCAAAGUGGAAGACAUGGCAGAGUUAACCUGUUUGAAUGAAGCCUCUGUGCUGCACAAUUUAAAGGAUCGCUAUUACUCGGGGCUCAUCUAUACCUACUCUGGGCUGUUCUGUGUGGUCAUCAACCCUUACAAGAACCUGCCCAUCUACUCCGAGAACAUCAUCGAGAUGUACCGGGGGAAGAAGCGCCACGAGAUGCCGCCUCACAUCUACGCCAUCUCCGAGUCGGCCUACAGGUGCAUGCUGCAAGACCGCGAGGACCAAUCCAUUCUCUGCACAGGCGAAUCUGGCGCCGGGAAGACAGAGAACACCAAGAAGGUGAUCCAGUACCUUGCUCAUGUGGCUUCCUCCCACAAAGGAAGAAAGGACCACAAUAUCCCUGGGGAGCUGGAGCGGCAGCUGCUUCAGGCCAACCCCAUCCUGGAGUCCUUCGGCAACGCCAAGACCGUCAAGAACGACAACUCCUCUCGCUUCGGCAAGUUCAUUAGGAUCAACUUUGAUGUCACCGGGUACAUCGUUGGGGCCAACAUUGAGACCUACCUGCUGGAGAAGUCCCGCGCUGUCCGCCAGGCCAAGGACGAGAGGACCUUUCACAUCUUCUAUCAGCUGCUGGCUGGAGCAGGGGAGCACCUCAAGUCUGACUUGCUGCUGGAAGGAUUUAACAACUACAGGUUUUUAUCCAAUGGCUACAUCCCCAUUCCUGGGCAGCAGGACAAGGAUAACUUCCAGGAGACCAUGGAGGCCAUGCACAUCAUGGGCUUCUCACACGAGGAGAUCUUGUCAAUGCUGAAAGUGGUGUCUUCAGUGCUGCAGUUUGGAAACAUCUCCUUUAAGAAGGAGAGGAACACCGACCAGGCCUCCAUGCCAGAGAACACUGUGGCACAGAAACUCUGCCAUCUGCUGGGGAUGAACGUGAUGGAGUUCACCAGGGCCAUCCUGACGCCCCGCAUCAAGGUGGGCAGGGACUACGUGCAGAAAGCCCAGACCAAGGAGCAGGCAGACUUUGCAGUGGAGGCCCUGGCCAAGGCCACCUACGAGCGGCUCUUCCGCUGGCUCGUGCACCGCAUCAACAAGGCCCUGGACAGGACCAAGCGCCAGGGAGCUUCCUUCAUUGGCAUCCUGGACAUUGCUGGCUUUGAGAUCUUUGAGUUGAACUCCUUUGAGCAGCUCUGCAUCAACUACACCAAUGAGAAGCUGCAGCAGCUCUUCAACCACACAAUGUUUAUCCUGGAGCAAGAGGAGUACCAACGAGAGGGCAUUGAGUGGAACUUCAUUGACUUUGGACUGGACCUGCAGCCUUGCAUUGACUUGAUUGAGAGACCUGCCAACCCUCCUGGUGUGCUGGCACUGCUGGAUGAGGAAUGCUGGUUCCCUAAAGCUACUGACAAGACAUUUGUGGAGAAAUUGGUCCAGGAGCAAGGGACUCACUCCAAGUUCCAAAAGCCAAGACAGCUGAAGGACAAAGCAGACUUCUGCAUCAUUCACUAUGCAGGGAAGGUGGACUACAAGGCAGAUGAGUGGCUGAUGAAGAACAUGGACCCCCUGAACGACAACGUGGCCACCCUCCUGCACCAGUCCUCUGACAAGUUUGUGGCAGAGCUGUGGAAGGAUGAGAUUCAGACUAUUCAGAGAGCCUGUUUCUAUGACAAUAUUACUGGUCUUCAUGAUCCACCAGUGGAUCGCAUCGUGGGCCUGGACCAGGUGACUGGCAUCACAGAGACAGCCUUUGGCUCUGCCUACAAGACCAAGAAGGGCAUGUUCAGGACCGUGGGGCAGCUCUACAAGGAGUCUCUCACCAAGCUGAUGGCCACGCUGCGCAACACCAACCCCAACUUCGUGCGCUGCAUCAUCCCCAACCACGAGAAGAGGGCUGGGAAGCUGGACCCACACCUGGUGCUGGACCAGCUGCGCUGCAAUGGGGUGUUGGAAGGCAUUAGGAUUUGCCGACAAGGCUUUCCAAACAGGAUCGUCUUCCAGGAGUUCAGGCAGAGGUACGAGAUCCUGACCCCCAACGCCAUCCCCAAAGGCUUCAUGGACGGGAAGCAAGCCUGCGAGCGGAUGAUCAGAGCCUUAGAGCUGGACCCCAACUUAUACAGAAUUGGGCAGAGCAAGAUCUUCUUCCGAGCCGGGGUCUUGGCGCACUUAGAGGAAGAGCGAGACCUGAAGAUCACCGACAUCAUCAUCUUCUUCCAGGCUGUCUGCAGGGGCUACCUGGCCAGGAAAGCCUUUGCCAAGAAGCAGCAGCAGCUGAGUGCCCUGAAGAUCCUGCAGAGGAACUGCGCUGCCUACCUGAAGCUGAGGCACUGGCAGUGGUGGAGAGUCUUCACCAAGGUGAAGCCCCUUCUGCAGGUCACUCGUCAGGAGGAAGAGCUGCAAGCCAAGGACGAGGAGCUCAUGAAGGUGAAAGAAAAACAGACAAAAGUGGAGGCAGAGCUUGAGGAGAUGGAAAGGAAGCAUCAACAGCUUCUGGAAGAGAAGAACAUCCUUGCUGAGCAGCUGCAGGCCGAGACAGAGCUCUUUGCAGAAGCUGAGGAGAUGAGGGCUCGCCUGGCUGCCAAGAAACAGGAGCUGGAAGAAAUCCUUCAUGAUCUGGAGUCCAGGGUUGAGGAGGAAGAGGAAAGAAACCAGAUACUGCAAAAUGAGAAAAAGAAAAUGCAGGGUCACAUCCAGGACCUAGAGGAGCAGCUCGACGAGGAGGAGGGAGCUCGGCAGAAGCUGCAGCUCGAAAAGGUGACAGCUGAAGCCAAGAUCAAGAAGAUGGAGGAAGAAAUCCUGCUGCUGGAGGACCAAAAUUCCAAAUUCUUGAAGGAGAAGAAGCUGAUGGAGGAUCGGAUUGCUGAAUGCACUUCUCAGCUGGCUGAAGAGGAAGAGAAGGCCAAAAACUUGGCCAAGCUCAAGAACAAGCAGGAAAUGAUGAUCACUGAUUUGGAAGAGCGCUUGAAAAAGGAGGAGAAGACUCGCCAGGAGCUUGAGAAGGCUAAAAGGAAACUUGAUGGGGAGACAACAGAUCUGCAGGACCAAAUAGCUGAGCUGCAGGCCCAGAUUGAGGAGCUGAAGAUCCAGCUGGCCAAGAAAGAAGAGGAGCUGCAGGCUGCCCUGGCCAGAGGGGAUGAUGAAGCAGUGCAGAAGAACAAUGCCCUGAAAGUGAUCAGAGAGCUGCAGGCUCAGAUUGCAGAGCUCCAGGAGGAUCUGGAGUCUGAGAAGGCAUCACGCAACAAGGCAGAGAAGCAGAAGAGAGACCUGAGUGAAGAGCUGGAGGCUUUGAAAACAGAACUGGAAGAUACCUUGGACACCACUGCUGCACAGCAGGAGCUGAGGACGAAGCGUGAGCAGGAGGUGGCUGAGCUGAAGAAAGCCAUUGAGGAGGAGACCAAGAACCACGAGGCACAGAUCCAGGAGAUCCGGCAGCGGCACGCCAGCGCCCUGGAGGAGCUCUCCGAGCAGCUGGAGCAGGCCAAGAGGUUCAAAGCAAACCUUGAGAAAAACAAGCAAGGUCUGGAGUCUGACAACAAGGAGCUGGCCUGUGAAGUGAAGGUGCUGCAGCAGGUGAAGGCAGAGUCUGAGCACAAGAGGAAGAAGCUGGAUGCUCAGGUUCAAGAGCUGACUGCCAAGGUCACCGAGGGAGAGAGGCUGAGGGUGGAGCUGGCAGAGAAAGCCAACAAGCUGCAGAACGAGCUGGAUAAUGUCUCAAGUCUCCUGGAGGAAGCAGAGAAGAAAGGCAUCAAGUUUGCCAAGGAUGCAGCCAGCUUGGAAUCUCAGCUUCAGGAUACACAGGAGCUGCUUCAGGAAGAAACCCGCCAGAAACUCAACCUGAGCAGCAGGAUCAGGCAGCUGGAAGAGGAGAAGAACAACCUGCAGGAGCAGCAGGAAGAGGAAGAGGAGGCCAGAAAGAACUUGGAGAAGCAGAUGCUGGCCUUGCAGGCACAGCUGGCUGAUGCUAAGAAAAAGGUGGAUGAUGAUGUGGGAACCAUUGAAGGCUUGGAGGAAAACAAGAAGAAGUUACUGAAGGACAUGGAGUCCCUCAGCCAGCGCCUGGAGGAGAAGGCAAUGGCUUAUGACAAGCUGGAGAAGACCAAGAACCGCCUGCAGCAGGAGCUGGAUGACCUGAUGGUGGAUCUGGACCACCAGCGCCAGAUUGUCUCCAACCUGGAGAAGAAGCAGAAGAAGUUUGAUCAGAUGCUGGCAGAAGAAAAGAACAUCUCUGCCAGGUAUGCGGAGGAGAGAGACCGUGCUGAAGCAGAAGCCAGGGAGAAGGAAACCAAGGCACUGUCUCUGGCUCGGGCCCUGGAGGAAGCCCUGGAAGCUAAGGAAGAGUUUGAGAGACAGAACAAGCAGCUGAGGACAGAUAUGGAAGACCUGAUGAGCUCCAAAGAUGAUGUGGGCAAAAACGUCCAUGAACUGGAGAAGUCAAAGAGGACUUUAGAGCAGCAGGUUGAGGAGAUGAGGACUCAGCUUGAGGAGCUGGAAGAUGAACUGCAGGCCACUGAAGAUGCUAAGCUGCGUCUGGAGGUGAACAUGCAAGCCAUGAAAUCCCAGUUUGAGAGAGAUCUGCAGACCAGGGAGGAGCAGAAUGAAGAGAAGAAGAGGAUGCUGGUUAAACAGGUGCGAGAGCUGGAGGCAGAGCUGGAGGAUGAGCGCAAGCAGAGGGCUCUGGCUGUGGCAGCCAAGAAGAAGCUGGAGAUGGAUCUGAAGGACCUGGAGGGGCAGAUGGAAGCUGCCAACAAGGCUCGGGACGAGGCCAUCAAACAGCUUCGGAAGCUGCAGGCUCAGAUGAAAGACUACCAGCGGGAGCUGGAGGAAGCUCGUGCCUCCAGGGAUGAGAUCUUUGCACAGUCCAAAGAGAGUGAGAAGAAGCUCAAAGGUCUGGAAGCAGAAAUACUCCAGCUGCAGGAGGAGUUCGCGGCCUCGGAGCGCGCGCGGCGGCACGCGGAGCAGGAGAGGGACGAGCUGGCCGACGAGAUUGCCAACAGCGCCUCGGGGAAGUCAGCGCUGCUGGACGAGAAGCGGCGGCUGGAGGCUCGCAUUGCACAGCUGGAGGAGGAGCUGGAGGAGGAGCAGAGCAACAUGGAGCUGCUCAACGAGCGCUUCCGCAAGACCACGCUGCAGGUGGACACUCUCAACUCGGAGCUGGCCGGGGAGCGCAGCGCCGCCCAGAAGAGCGAGAACGCACGGCAGCAGCUGGAGAGGCAGAACAAGGAGCUGAAAGCCAAGCUGCAGGAGCUGGAGGGCUCUGUCAAGUCCAAGUUCAAGGCAACCAUCUCUACCCUAGAAGCCAAGAUUGCACAGCUAGAAGAGCAGCUCGAGCAGGAGGCCAAGGAGAGGGCAGCUGCCAACAAGCUGGUUCGGCGCACCGAGAAGAAGCUGAAGGAGGUCUUCAUGCAGGUGGAGGACGAGCGGCGGCACGCGGACCAGUACAAGGAGCAGAUGGAGAAGGCGAACGCCAGGAUGAAGCAGCUGAAGAGGCAGCUGGAGGAGGCGGAGGAGGAGGCGACGCGCGCCAACGCCUCCCGCCGCAAGCUGCAGCGCGAGCUGGACGACGCCACCGAGGCCAACGAGGGCCUGAGCCGCGAGGUCAGCACCCUCAAGAACAGGCUAAGGAGGGGGGGUCCCAUCACCUUCUCCUCGAGCCGCUCCGGGCGCCGCCAGCUGCACAUGGAAGGAGCCUCUCUGGAGCUGUCUGACGACGACGCGGAGAGCAAAGGCAGCGACGUGAACGAGGCGCAGCCGGCCCCUGCCGAGUAGAGCCCUGAGCCUCCACCCAGAGAGCUCUGGCAGGACAGGCAGCAGCAGGAGGAGGAAGAGGAGGAGGAGGAGGAGGGGGACUUUCCUGACCACCCAACUGCCUUGUGGCCCUAACUCUGCCUUACGGAUCGCCGGCAUGCUACAAGGUUACUUCUCUUAGGUCAACUCUGUCUUAAGGCUCUGCAGCCUCCCCACGCCGCACCCUGCUUCUGCCCUAGGCCCAGCUGCUCCUGAGCGCCAGCCCUGGGCGCGGGGCCCUCCCUGCUCAGCGCAGCUCUUCUCCAGAGCCUCGUGGGAAAGCCAUUCUCUAAAGCAUCAUGUGAAGGAUGAAACUCUUUGGGGUUGUUUUGUUCCAUUUUCCUUGGCUCUUUCGUUGUUGUUGUUGU